CCCUCGGGGGGAGGCGUGCGCCGCUAUGAAUCCGCCGCCGGCAGGGGGCGCUGCGGCAGCCUCGGCUGCAGAGCCUCGCCUGCACCCGGAGGGGAGCAGCUGCAGCAGCUGCAGCAGCAGCAGCAUCAGCAGCAGCAGCAGCAGCAUCAGCAGCAGCAGCAGCAGCAGCAGCAGCAGCAGCAGCAGCAGCAGCAGAAAGCAGCAGCGAGCCCAGUCCCCGGGCCGCAGCCGGGACAGCCCCAGCCGGCAACCGGCCCCUCCCCCCUCGGCCAGGUCCCCGGUGGCCUCCGGAGCCAAGCUCGGCUCGCCCCGCCAGCCGCAGCCACCGAAAGCGGGCGGCGGACGAGGCGCGGCGGGGCCGGGGGAGAAGCCUCCUCCGGGAGGCCCUCCGGGAACUGUCCAGCCGGGGCCCGGUGCUGAAGCCGGGACGGACCCCGCCGGGGCCACCAAGCAGGGGCUGCGGGCCGGCGGAGGGGCUGGGGGAGGCCCGGGGGAGAGGGAGGGAGGCUUGCUGCAGCAGCAGGUGCAGCAGCAGGUGCAGCAGCAGCAGCAUCUGCAGCAUCUGCAGCAGCCGCCGCCGCCGCCCAAGGUCUGGAGAGCCAAAGCCGGGAGAACGCCGCAGAGGGGAGGAGGAGGGGAGGUGGUCGCCCCAGCCCCUUCCCCCUCCUCCCCUUCCUCCUCCUCCUCGUCGUCGUCGCCCUCCCCCGCGGGCAGAAGCGGCAGGACCCCCGGGCCCGGCCCCGCAGCGGGAGGCUACUGGCAGGAGGGAUGUCUGCAGUCUGAGCUCAUCCAGUUCCACCUCAAGAAGGGCCUGGCGGCCGCUCAGAUGCAAACCAAGAGCGGCAGCAGCUGCGGCGGCAGCGGCGCCUCCGCCUCCUCGGCCCCCGCCCCGGCCGCCUCCCCCAUGGAGCCCUCCGGGGCGGGACAGCCGCCGCCGCCGCCGCCGCAGGAGGAGGAGGAGAUGCGGGAGGAGAUGGAAAAGCUGCGAGAGGAGAACGAGACCCUCAAGAACGAAAUUGAUGAGUUGAGGACAGAGAUGGACGAGAUGAGGGACAGCUUCUUCGAGGAAGAUGCCUGCCAGCUGCAGGAGAUGCGGCACGAGCUGGAGCGGGCCAACAAGAACUGCCGGAUCCUGCAGUACCGCCUGCGCAAGGCCGAACGCAAGAGGCUGCGCUACGCCCAGACCGGGGAGAUCGACGGGGAGCUGCUGCGCAGCAUGGAGCAGGACCUCAAGGUCGCCAAGGACGUCUCGGUGAGACUCCACCAUGAACUAGAGAAUGUGGAAGAGAAACGAACCACCACAGAAGAUGAAAACGAGAAGCUCAGGCAACAGCUGAUAGAAGUGGAAAUUGCCAAGCAAGCUUUGCAGAACGAGCUGGAGAAAGUGAAAGAGUUAUCUUUGAAAAGAAGAGGGAGCAAAGAUUUACAAAAAUCUGAAAAGAAAUCACAGCAGACUCCCCCAGAGGAGGACAAUGAAGAUCUGAAAUGCCAGCUGCAGUUCGUCAAAGAGGAAGCGGCGUUGAUGAGGAAGAAGAUGGCGAAGAUCGAUAAGGAGAAGGACCGAUUUGAGCACGAGCUGCAGAAAUACAGGUCGUUCUACGGCGACCUGGACAGCCCUCUGCCCAAGGGGGAGGCCGGGGGGCCGCCGACGACGCGGGAGGCCGAGCUCAAGCUCCGGCUGAGGCUGGUGGAGGAGGAGGCCAACAUCCUGGGCCGGAAGAUCGUGGAGCUCGAGGUGGAGAACCGAGGCCUGAAGGCUGAGCUCGAUGACCUGCGAGGCGAUGACUUCUCGGGGUCGGUGAACCCGCUGAUGAGGGAGCAGAGCGAGUCCCUGUCGGAGCUGCGGCAGCACCUGCAGCUGGUGGAGGACGAGACGGAGCUGCUGCGACGCAACGUGGCCGACCUGGAGGAGCAGAACAAGCGGGUCACGGCCGAGCUGAACAAGUACAAGUUCAAGUCUGGGGCCCACGACAGCAACCGGCACCACGACGGCGCCAAGAUGGAGGCCCUGCAGGAGGAGCUGAAGGCCGCCCGCCUGCAGAUCAACGAGCUCAGCGGCAAGGUCAUGCAACUGCAGUACGAGAACCGGGUGCUCAUGUCCAACAUGCAGCGCUACGACCUCGCCUCCCACCUGGGCAUCCGGGGCAGCCCCAGGGACAGCGACGCCGAGAGCGACGCGGGCAAGAAGGAGAGCGACGACGACGCCCGCCCGCCCCAUCGCAAGCGCGAAGGCCCCAUCGGCGGCGAGAGCGACUCGGAGGAGGUGCGCAACAUCCGCUGCCUGACGCCCACCCGCUCCUUCUACCCAGCCCCCGCCACCUGGCCCAAGAACUUCACCGACCGGCAGCAGAUGAAAGACAUCCGCUCCGAAGCCGAGCGGUUGGGCAAGACCAUCGACCGGCUGAUCUCGGACACCAGCACCAUCAUCAGCGAGGCGCGCGUUUACGUGGCCAACGGGGACCUGUUCGGACUGAUGGAUGAGGAGGACGACGGCAGCAGGAUCCGGGAGCAUGAGCUUUUGUACCGGAUCAAUGCGCAGAUGAAGGCCUUCCGGAAAGAGCUCCAGACGUUCAUCGACAGGCUGGAGGUCCCCAAGUCGGCCGACGAUCGGGGGGCGGAAGAACCGCUGUCCGUCAGCCAGAUGUUCCAGCCUAUCAUUUUACUUAUCCUCAUCCUUGUAUUAUUUUCAUCCCUCUCUUAUACAACAAUAUUUAAACUUGUCUUCCUUUUUACACUGUUUUUUGUACUGUAAACCUUUCAUCAUUUCCUGUCUGUUGUAGUAUUAUUUUCAGUUUGUUUAUUUUGUUCACCCUCCAAGAUAAGAAGAGAAGUAGAGUUUCUGUAGUAUCCAAUGCUAUAAAAACACUGAAGACUGCUUGUUGAAAAAAAAACAACCCAAAAGCACAUCCCCACUUCCAGAAGCAACUGAACCGCUUAAGAAUCCUGUCCACCAGAUAUAUAUUUCAGGAGCAAGAUCUGACGAACUGGAACUUUUUUACUUCUACCCUACCUAGCUACAUGGUCCACUUUUCUUCGCCGCUCUAUGUACAGAUGGAUUGACAGAAUUUCCAAAGGAUUUCUCACCCCAAAGAAGCCGGAAGCCAAGCUGAGAGAGACUGGCUGAACCAAAGACUUCUGAAGGGGG